AUGUCUCUCAUCCCACACGUCUCUCCAGUGGCUUUAAACAGGACCCUACAGGUCAUCCAGAAGCCUCGUUUCUAUGGGGUGAAGACCAAUAACAUUGUAACCAUAUCCUGUGUGGGAUCGGACAAAACCCAGCCUGCCACGGUUGACUGGUACAAGGCCUCAGAAUACAACGUUGUCCCAGUGAAGAGGAAGAUAGUCAAGAUAGAGGGGGAGCGGGUCACUGUGUGGAAAGUUGGCGUGACACAAAAUGCCUUGAUCAGAAUCAAACAUAUAGGGAUGGAGGACAGUGGAGUGUACUUCUGUCUGAUGAACAACAUCACCUGGGGGCCAGGGACAGAGCUACAAGUGUACAGUACGUAUAGCCCAAUUCAGUCUCAGCUGGUGACGUAAAAUGUUAGGAAUGAUUGGAUGAAAAUAAUUUUGAAUCGUUUUUGUCAAUGGGAUGACAUCUGUUUAAGGAGAUGUACUGCUUUAUUAGUAUGAUUUAAAAUAUAUGCAUAAUCCGCGUCAUCGUCAUCCUCAUCCUCAGAUUUGAAGAUUGUCAAAGAUUGUAAAAACUUGUAAUUUACAAAUGUACAAACUCAUACAUCUCUCUCUCUCUCUCUCUCUCUCUCUCUGUGUGUGUAUGUGUGUAAAGGAUCCUCUAACCCUGAAAGGGCAGAAAGGAGGAGCAAGCUGAAGGAUGCUUUGAUCUUUCUCCAGGCGCUACUCUUGACGUUGUUUGCUCUUGCCCCACUGCUACGCCACCAAUCCCUUGUGAGUCGCAUGACACAAUAAACAUACAUAACUGAAAACCCCAGCAAAAACAAAAUGAUGUAUUUGAAUGCAUUGUUGGGUGUGAUUUGAAUAUGUUUGAAUGUACCUGACACAACAAAACAAAUGAAACAAGUUAUUCACAUUGAAUACUCACCUUCUGAACUUUGACCUUUUCAAACGUUUCAUUAUUGUGACACAAAUGUGAGAUGGUACAGUGUGUGAUACAGUAUGUGUAAAAUAUAUGGGCCAAUUUAGAUAAAACACAUUGCAUACAUAUGUACAAUUUGAUACUUGGUUUUUAUCAUGCAGAAUUGUUUUCAGUUGUCUCUCAUUUUCUUUCAGUUGAAGAAGGAAGAUGCAAUUUACGAGGAACCUGAACAUGAUCACAUCUAUGAGGUACAGUAUGUUAAUGAUGAUAACCGGGUCUUCUGUUGUUUUUGAUGAAAAUGGAGCUAAAACCACCUCAAUUCUCUAUAAGUUAUCCCUACCAUAUUGUAUGCUGUAAUGUAGUGUAACAGUUUGGUUUAUAUUAGAAGGACAAGACAUCAGGGUUUGGGUCAAUUCCGUUUUAAUUCAUGUCUGUUUAGGGAAUGUAGGCCUAUUGAAAAUCAGGUUGUACCUUAUUUUAUGAUACAAAGGUAACACUGUAAUAACUGAGUUUCUUUGGGAUUCAUUAAAACUUAUACCACUCAGAGCCAUUUGGUAUCAUUACCAUUAGUAACUACCGUAUAGUACCAGAAAGUAUCCAUUGUUACCACACAAUUUCUCUUUAUGGAGUGGCUGUGCAACCUGUGUUCAGGACACCUAUUCAUGUGCACUAAACAACCUUAUGUUCUGCACAUGUUACUUUACGAAAAAAUUAAUGGAUUGAGUGCAGCCCAUGCAAAAAAACUGAUAUCUCUAAUUUAAACAGACUGAUUUUUAUGGGAAUGUUUUUAUUAUACUAAUUAGAUUUCUGCAGGGAAUUGUAAAUUACUAACAUUUAACAUUUUUGUAGGGGUUGAUACAUAUUUUUUCAGGGCAAAUCAAGUCUGACAUUUUAAAGUGGAAAUUACAAACUUUAUAAGCCUUUGUAAACCUUCAAUAGACUACAGGUUUCCUACAUCAACAGGGUGAUCAAAUUAAGAUCAUGCACCUGUAGGGAAUUACAGACAGCAUAAAACCAACAAAGAUUUACUCAAAUUAUGUCUUAAAAUAGAUUCAACAUAGGAUAGCGAUACACGGCACAUAGGCUGCCGGUAGAUUAAUUCCAGCCCUGUGAGUUCUAAAUAAAAUUAAACCAGUUGAAAUCGCACUUUAAUAGUAAUAAACAACAGAAUUGCAUUUGGGUAUACGUAUACACUGUACAGGCUUAUCUGUGGAUUAUGCACCCAUGAAACGGACUAUCAGCCUACUCAGUGACACCCACAGAACACAACUCUGUAGAGUUUACACAAAUAUUAGCUUAAUAGCUCUUAUUGUGGGACUUUGACUGUGGCAAAUCCCCUCCCCACUUAGUCUAUUAUGUGUGUUGAAUAUUCAUGGGAAGGUGAUAGUCAAUGCCACUCCGACAUUGCUCGUCCUAAUAUUUAUAUAUUUCUUAAUUCCAUUCUUUUACUUUUAGAUUUGUGUGUAUUGUUGUGAAUUGUUAGAUACUAGUGCACUGUUGGAGCUAGGAACACAAGCAUUUCGGUACACCCGCAAUAACAUCUGCUAAAUAUGUGUAUGUGUAGAACAAGAAGGCCCGCACACUGUUAAAGCUCACAAUUCACCGCUUUAUUGACAACGUUUCGAUCCGAAAAGGAUCUUCGUGAGGUCGAACAAACUGAGUGCUCACAUCCCAAAAUAUACACAUUUCACCUCACAUGACCAUUGCGGACAUGACGCACGGUGGGUGCAAAAAACAUGUGUUUAUCUCUAAUAAUUUAAUAAUUUAAUAACAAUGAGAUGGGUACAUGUAGUGGUUCCAGAAAAUAAUAUAUAUUUACAAAAUGACCAAGUGGGUAACCUGGAAGGCAAGACAAAUCAAAGUAAAGUGACAUAUUCAUGUAAGAAAUGGUCUGAUAUCAUGGUGAUAUGAUAUGGUGAUCUGAUAUCUUGGUUCAGACCUCUAGGAGACAUGGUACACAAACGGUGAAUCCAAUACAAUUAUCUUCUCAAUAAUAGAUUAUCAAUAUCUCCGCCUCUCCUAGGAGUCUUAACAUGUUCGAUGCCAAUGUAUCUCAACGAGCUAAUGUUGGACGAGCCUCCAUGAAAUGCGCAGCCACAGGGUUUCUCUGGUCAAUUGUCCUGAGACCCAUGGGGCGGCGCACAAUUGGCCCAGCGUCGUCUAGGUUAGGGGAGGGAAUGGCCGGCAGGGAUGUAGCUCAGUUGGUAGAGCAUGGCGUUUGCAACGCCAGGGUUGUGGGUUCGAUUCCCACGGGGGGUAUGAAAAAAAUAAAUAUGUAUGCACUCACUAACUGUAAGUCGCUCUGGAUAAGAGCGUCUGCUAAAUGACUUAAAUGUAAUGUUAAUCCUGUGUUCUGCUAACCUUGUUUUCAGAGCUCGUUUUGUUUUUCCUACAUAGCAUAGACCACAAAUACACUUGAUCAGGUAUAUCACAUUUUUUGUGGAACAUGUAAUGAUGCUCUUAAUCUUAAUGGCCUUUCCCGUAAUAGGGUGAUUGAACAUUGUACAUUUGUUUGUGAAGUUACACUUGGUACAUCGCCACAUCUAUAGUUACCGUCCGGAACAUUGUCUAGAAAGGUACUGCGUGGCACUGGUGGAAGAUCAGACCUCACCACCAUUUGACUGAUGUUGGGGGCGCGUCUGAAGACUAGCCGCGGGGGUUCUUCAAACGUAUUUUGUAGUUGUGGAUCAGUGCUCAAGAUGUACCAGUGUUUUUUUUUAAUGAUGUGGUCGAACUGUUUACCAAGUGGGGAGUACUGAAGGAAGCAUUGAACGCCGCGUUGGUCAGGAGGGCUGGGAGGUUUGGACUUGAGGCUGUCAUCAUGGGUCAUAUUUUUAUAACGUUCCCUUGCGUCAUGCAGCCAUUCCUCUGGGUAACCCCGCUGUCUGAAACGCUCAUCCAGAUGGUCGGCUUGUUUGUCAUAGUCACUGUGUACUACAAAUCCUGCGUAUGCGACUGUAUUGGCUACUGGGGAGGCUCUUUUUUAGGGGUAUAGGGUGGAAGCUGUCUCCGCGUAACAGGGAAUUCCUGUCCGUCGGCUUCCUGUAUAGAUCCGUACUAAAACCACCCCCAUCCCUCUCAAUCAAAAUGUCAAGGAAACGUAUUUCAUGCGCAUCAAAGGUGAGGGUGAAUUUCAAAUGUUCACUGCUUGUAUUGAUGAAGGAGUGGAAUCGAUGUCUAAUAUGGCGCAAUAAUGGAUUAUUAGGGUUGAAAAUCACAUUAUACUAAAAAAAAUAAGAUUGGCAUAAUUCGGUGCCAUUUUACUGCCCAUAGCAGUUCCCUUCUGUUGAAUGAACAUGUCAUUUUCAAACAUGAAAAAGUUAUUAGUCAGAACAAUCUCAGCAAGUUCAACGAUACAGUUAGUGCUAGGGAGUGUGUCAAUGGGUCGUUGACUGAGGUAGUGUGCAAUGGCUUCUAGGCCUCCCUGAUGGGGGAUUUAAGUAUACAGUGAUUCAACAUCAAAGCAAGCCAUAAACGUCUCCCAUUGAUAUUGUGCAUUGUCUUAAAAGUGUUAAUCAUGUCCAUUGAAUCGCGUACUUUCAUGAACUCAUAUUAUUUUUGCAUGAUGUCUCCACUUUCCACAAGAGACUUCAGCUUGCAGUGAAUUUCAUCUUUGAAGAGUGGUGUGGGAUCACGUGACAAUUUCUGAUAGAAAGUGGUGUUGUUCAUUCACAUAGUCAUCACGGUUUAACAACACCACAGUUCCGCCCUUGUCAGCAUUACACACUAUCAAAGUGGAAUAAUUUUUUUAAACAUCCAAUGCUUGCCUCUGUUCUUUAGGGAUAUUAUUGUAGACUCUGUAUUCUCGUUUCUUAUUCAAAAUCUGAGACACAUCUUUUUCCGCCAAUCUGCAGUAUGUUUAUAGGGAGGGAUUUCUGUAUCUGGGCGGACAAAAAGUGGAUUUGGCUCGAAAAGGGGUAUUCGUUCUGUGGGAAAUGUAAUUCUCUAUUGUGUAACCCAUAGUCUGAACACUCGUCUCACCCAUACUUGACACAUCCACAUUUGGAGUCUUAUCAUUUAUGGGACAAAAUAACUCCCUAAGUCUCAAUGUAUGAAAGAAUUUCGGAAACUCUAUUGUGGUGUCAAAGUCAUUACAUGAUGCAAUAGGGACGAAAGAAAAGCCCUUACUCAAGGUCAACUCACAUGAGGUGGUGAUGGGACGUGAAGAAAGGUUAAUCACACUCAGGCAUUCUGACUGCGUGUCCAAUAGCGGCCUUGUUCCUCUGUGUAUGUGACCAAUAACAUAUGAUUUGGUUUGAUUUCCCACAGUCAAAGUCCUGCAAUAAGAGCUAUGACGCUAAUAUUUGUGUAAACUCUACAGAGUUGUCUUCUGUGGGUGUCACUGAGUAGGUUGAUACCCCCAUUUCAUGGGUGCACAAUUCAUAGGUUAGGUUGUACAGUGAAUUAUAAAUGUUCAAUACGCACAAUAGACUAAGCGGGGAUGUGAUUUUCCACAGUUAAAGUCCCACAUUAAGAGCUGUGACGCUAAUAUUUUUGUAAACUUUACAGAGUUGAGUUCCGUUGGUGUCACUGAGUAAUUGAUUUUUUACAAUUAACUAAUAAUUGUAUUUUGUUAAAUGUAUAUAACAACAUUUCAACCUUGUUUAGCAUUAUCUAGCCCAAUUGUGGCAUGAUUCCACUAUUUAUAUCUGUUUGUAUCAGUUUCAAUGGAGGACUUUUAUUUUGAAGGCAAACCACCGAGUCCACUAUUGUUGCUCAAGCUAAUGUUGUUCACGACACACAGGUCGAUGCACCUGCCUUCUUAUUAAAUACUAGGUGAAUACCAGAGAAAACAUACUGUAAAAUAGCUGAAGUGAAAUUAUAUCCAAGGUUUCAUUAAUUGAAUUGAUGAAUUCAAAGUCAAUUCAUGUUCCAAAUGACCUGGAGUUGAAAUACAUAUGAGUCUAACUUUAGAGGUGAUCAGCUCUGUGACAAACAGGAAAUUGUGCUUUUCCUGACAGCUGCAUGCUUCUUUCUCUCUCUCUCUCUUUCCCUCCCUCUCUUUCUCUCUCUCUCUGCUUCAGUGACUCUUUAACCACAUCUUGUUUGUUAUCAUUGUCAUAAUGUGGCUAACAAAAUGUUUUCAUUUCAGCAUUUGCUAAGGUGGUGUUUCCUUUUUUGUGUUUGUGCAUGUUGAAAACGUUGUGUGUCAUCAUUCCAGCUUACACUUCUUAUUUUCUGCUUUCGUUUGGCCUCCCCCCAAAAUUAUAUAAAUGGUGGGGCUUCAUCUUCCUUAAGUACUGCUUCUAAUUACAAUAGUAUGGAAAUAUUUAGAUACUACUAUUGCUCUAAUUCGCUUUGCACAAUCAACUUGCACAAGCAAUUGUUGAUAUACCAGUAAUGAUAUACCAAUGGCAUAACAAUCAAAUUGUCAUUAACAAAUGUGAUUAAUGUAAGAGCAGCACACUGGACAUAAACUGUAGCCUACUUUUGUAUUUAUUUGUAUGAUUGUAUUCAUUGCAUGUGCACAAAAUUCAAUUUCAUCACAAUACAUUUAGUUGUAAUGUAGUAAAUCGUUUAUUUUCCCACCUUUUUUUCCAUCCCCACCCCAUUUUUCUUUAUUUGACGCAUGCAGGGCUUGGAGAUUGAGCAUUGUGGGGGUUUGUAUGAGGACAUCUCAGUGUAUGCCCAGCCUGGGCCAGCAGAGGGUGCUGCAGCUUGGAAGCAGGAGUGAGCUGCAUGGGGGCUGAGCUGGGGACUGAGCUGGGGACUGAGCUCUCCUGUCAUCCACUGCAUCUCAAUGCAUAUCUGGGCCCGUAUUCAUUAAG